AGCUCUCGCCUGCUCUGAGAACCUGAUCCUUCCCUGCAGUACGUAAUCUGUUUCGAGUGACACUGAGUUUUCCACAGCUUAUAAAUAACGUCUGCUCUGACUUCCAGCAGAUGAGAGCAGAGCGUGAGAGAAUACACACUUUGGGAGAAGUCCUCCAUGGAGGUAGAUGGGAAAAGUUGCAGCCAAGGGAUCUUCCUGCUGCAAAACGUCCGUUAAAAGUCCGUUUGCAACUUUAAAAUAUCUGAAAACUGGAAAACCACAGAUUGAUCUAACGGAGGAACUACUGAGGAAGUUCUCAAGAACUCUUUUUAAGGGCGUCGAACAGAGAAGGAACUAAAGAAGGUUUGGGUUUCUGAGCUGCAUUUCGGCCACUCUUUGGACUUGAAUCUCGAGGUUGGUGAGGGUCUCUAAAGAAUCAAAUCAAGCCCAAUAUCACAAAACACGUUUGUCUCAGUGGGCUUCACAGAUUAGAAGCAAACAACAACAUUGAAGCCAUGGAUGAAUCCACAGAAGGUCGACAGGAAGUGAUGGAAAGCGAGGCUCUCGUUGAGUUCAGAGCAACGUUACAAGCCGCCAUCAGAGAGGUCCACGUUGACGUCAGUGCCUUCAAGCAACGCAUCGAGAAGAGGAUCGGAGAGCUGAUUAUUCCCAACGGACCUUUGGUGGAGGCGGUGAACCGGCUUCAGGAAGAGAACCAGCUACUCAGAGCCAAGAUGGAGGGUCUCGGCCGGCUGGUGGAGAGCAUCGCUGGGAUACAGAUGGAGAGGAAGAACGAGGAGGAGAGUUUAAAGAAUGGACAAAGAGAAGAAAGAGCGGGAAGAUCCGAGUGCAGCCAGUCGAGUCAGUCGAUGUGUUCGGAGGUUUCGGGGUCCAGCGGAGGCUCGAACUCUGCUCCAACGAACAACCCAGCUCCACCUCCAACGAACAACCCAGCUCCACCUCCAACGAACAACCCAGCUCCACCUCCAACGAACAACCCAGCUCCACCUCCAACGAACAACCCAGCUCCACCUCCAUGGAGAGCAAAGAGACACGCUGAUACUAACGGCACUGAAUCAAAGGGAGAGAAACAUGUUGCUGUCCAGGAAAAUGGGAACGCAGAAAGCUCAUCAGUGGACUCAGAGGUCGUUGAAGUUGUUUCCCAGUCCCACCGGUCUCUCACUAAACACACCACAGAGUCUUCUGGAAUAAAUAACUCUCUGCAGUCCAACGUGGAAACCCCCAACAUGCCUGAACCAAAAGAAACUCCAGUUGUUGUUGAACCCCUGCCCCAUCUUCCAGUCACCGCCAUGUUAACCAAAGAGGGUCUGAAAGCCGCCCAGUCCCAUAUUGCAGAAGCUCCAUCAGCUGCGUCUGUAGCGAAGGAGCUGAGGUCUGCGAUGUCUCAGGAUCAGUCUGGAUCAGUUUCUCAGGGUUUGGUUCAUCAUGCUGUCACCGCCUCGACCAGAAUCAGCUCUGAGACUUCACUCAAAUCUGAUCUGAGUCCUGCUGCAAUCCCAGAAUCCCCCAGCAUGAACAGAGGCGGAUACAAUCGAGACGUCGCUGAACCCAAACCACACCUUCCUCUUUCGGCCAUGAGCAAACCCAACACAGAGUCUUCUUCUGCUGUAUCAUCUUCAUCACCUGCUAUAUCAUCUUCAUCACCUGUUGUAACGUCUUCAUCACCUGCUGUAUCUUCUUCACCUGCUGUAUCAUCUUCAUCACCUGCUGUAUCUUCUUCAAGUCUCCCAGCAUCUCAGGAGUCGACCGUAAAGCCGGGGGAAUAUCCCUUUCAGAGAUUACCAGUUCUCAAGACGCCCAGUCCCAGUCUGAAGAGGAGUGUGAGCUUCCCUCAGCCUGCAGAAAAAUUACUUCCCUCCAAAUCUAUCAUCAAAUCUGGUUUCUCACCGAGUUUGGAGAAGAAGGUGAAUAAGGCGCCAGGCGUUGAGUUUAAACAGGAGUUAAUGAAAUCUCAAACGCUGCCUCGCUCUAACAGCGCUCAGGCCAAGAGGGCGCUGUUUGAGAGAAUGAACUCCGAGCCCAUUAAACCAAAGGAUUCGAAGCCGAAGCUGAAGCGCUCUCAGAGUUUCGGACCUUCGAGCGCCAGCGGGAUAAAACAGAUGCUGCUUGAGUGGUGCCGCUCCAAAACCAUCGGAUAUCAGAACAUCGAUAUGCAGAACUUCUCGUCCAGCUGGAGCGAUGGGAUGGCGUUCUGCGCUCUCGUUCACUCCUUCUUCCCGCUGGACUUUGACUACAAUGCGCUGGAACCAAAGAACCGCAAACAGAACCUGCAGCAGGCGUUCACCACCGCAGAGAAGCAGGCGGACUGUCUGCGUCUGAUCGAGGUCGACGACAUGCUGGUGAUGGGCGACAGGCCGGACGCGAUGUGUGUGUUCACCUACGUCCAGUCUCUGUACAACCACCUGAAGACGUUCGAGUAACUCUGUAUCAGAGGAGAUUAUACAUUAAAGGUCACCUAUUAUGCAAAAUUCAUGUCUCUUCUUCAUCAACAUGUGUCCCCUCUUCUUCAUGUCUCUUCUUCAUCAACAUGUGUCCCCUCUUCUUCAUGUCUCUUCUUCAUCAACAUGU